AUGUCAUUCACGGUGACGCUGGUGUGGUUCUGGUGGUGCAGUUUGGUGGUGGCCAGUCCGGCGAUCGGUGCCGGCGGCGGGGUGUUCGCGGCGUCGCUCACCCGCGCACUGGUGCCACCGAAACGUUACGGUCAACCGGAAAUCAUUGUUAACCGUGCACCGACGGCAACGGUGACUCCGCAGCGGGACACCGCGGCAGGGCCAUCGGGAUACAGUUACGAUCCUCCCAGUGGGUCCUACCUUCCGCCGCCGGAGUCGGUUCCGUUCGCCGACGAACCGCCGGCACCCAGCGUUUCGGGUGGUUAUCUACCACCCGUGGUCCAGGAUGAACCCGUGUUUGUACCGCCGGCCGCCGUGCUCCCGGAGUAUCUGCCACCGGCGCGAGAUGAGCCAGUGUUUGUGGUGACUACCCCGGCUGUCCCGGCGGCUACGGGACAGGGAUAUAAUUACAACCCUCCGACCGCCAGCUUCAGUCCGCCACUCGCCGACGAAGGCAUCGACGAGGUCGAGGUGACCGAAACGGGCGAAGGAUAUCGGUACGAUCCGCCGACCAACAUCUAUCUUCCACCGGCGGGCGGUGGCGUAGGACGAUCCCUGCUGCGGGAUGGUGAACCGGCGGAAGGAUCUCGGCCGGUCUCCCCCAUCCGGCUGCAGCUGAACGAGUUGGCUUGUCUACGGAACAGUGGCGGGUUUUUCCGUGCGGCCCUUACCUUGCAGGGACCUCUCGAGAGUGUUCCGCUCGUGGACGUGGACGAUUCGGACGCGGCAGCGGGCUGUGAAGUUCGGCUCGAUCAGACCCGCCUCCUGCUCGAUAUUGCGUGGCCCGAUUUUGGCCGGUGCGGUGUGGUGCCGUGUGGUGGGGCCGGAGCUACUCGUGAGCUGUGUCUGAGAGUUCGGUUUCCGGCCAUCGCCGGCAUGCGGACGGCCGUUGACCCCGUCCUGACGCUCCAGUGUCGGAUCCAGCAGCGAGUGGUCGCCAGGACCCAUUCGGUCCGUCUGGGGGUGGCAAACGACCCUCCGGCGGGCCGAGGAAUUGGAACGUCCUUCGGGACGGCACUGGCGGUGGGAGGCUCGCAACGCCCGUUCCGGUCACAACUCGGAGUGUUCCGUCGGCAGGCGGGUGGUGCGUUCACCCGACCCCUGCCCCCGGGUGGUGCCGUUAUGCUGGGCGAGGAGCUAAUGCUCCGGACGCAGGUGUCCGCCGGGGAUGGUUGGAAUUUUACGCGCCUCUCGGAGGUGGUGUUGCAGCGCCUGUCGCCGGCCGGGACCGUCCUCAACUCGGCGUCGCUCGUCACCGCCAGCGGCUGCCUGAAUCCGCUGAUGCGCGCCAUCAGCCCGGCCGCCCCGGUCUUCGAGGCUCCGCUCGGCUAUCGGCUCGGGUUCCGGGCCGCCAUGUUCCAGGGGAUGCGCAGCGGCGACGAGAUGGUGCUGCGGGUGCGCAUCGUCGGGUGCGUCGAUCGGCGCGAGUGUCUCGUGGAAAAUUGUGUAACAGCACGAACGAAGCGUGAAACGGCGCUGGAGGGGGCGGAAGGGGCCAGCAGUCCCCCGGCACCACCAGCGAAUGAGACCGCUGGCCCCCCGCCCCUGCUCACCGAAACGGCCUCGAUCGCGUUUCGCAUAAUGCUGCCGGAGGACGUCGCGUCGUCAGGCAGCCACGGGGCGGAGUUGGCGGACCGGGGUGGGGGGCCACGCACGCCCCAGUCCCUGCUCUGGGUCACGGUUGGGACCACGGCCACGGUGUUGCUCGCCAUCGGUGGGCUCGCUCUGUUGCUGCUCGUCUUGCGCCAUCAGCGGCGUCCCACUUACGACGGCUAUCGAUCCGAUUAG